AAGUGAUUUAAAUUAAUUGACGAUGAUCGAGCUACAAAUUUAUCUUACUUCCAAUAUUAAUCGUUUGAUUUUUAACGAAUGAAGACUCAGAUAUCGGUAGAUCGGUUUACGGUAACCAUUAUUUUUUUCCUUUUCUGAUUUCUGGUAACACCUAGACAAAUCCUGAAUAUAUUCCGGACAAUACAUUUAUAUGGAGAUAAGGAAAUGAUAAUUUUUACUUGUAAAAAUGUAAUAUGCAUUCUACUAGCCAAUUAGAAUCAUCCAGAAAUUUAUUCUUUGACAAAGAAAAAUUCUAACUUAAAUUAGUUAGACCAGGGAAUAUUCUAGCCAAAUUUUUGGGGAAAUUUUACGCCAUAUUCAAAUUUUUUUUUUUUCUUUCAUCGUUCGAUUAAAAUUGUAUAAUGAAAAUUAAAACCGAUGCAAAUUAUAAUUCUCCGCGAGGAAGAUCUUUAGAAGAUGAUCUUAGACUAUUAAUUGAUGAUGAAAGAUUUUAUGACAUUGCUUUAAAAUGUUCAGAUGGAGUAACUAUAUAUGGGUGUAAAGCUAUUUUAGCAACUCGUUCCGAUGUUUUCAGCGCAUAUAUUUUCAAUGAAUCAGUAGAGAAGAAUAAUAAUCUUUCAUUCAAUGAUAUUAAUUCAACAGCUAUGAAAGUUAUAUUAGAAUUUUUAUAUACAUCUAAAUUUGAUAGUUUAAAUGUUGAUAAUAUUAUUGAAUCCUAUUUCGCAUCAAUUCUUUUUGAUUUGAUAGAUCUUCAAGAACAUAUUAUAGAAUUUACAAUAAAAUUAUCUUUGAUGAAUGAAAAUGAAGAUGUUGGUAAAAAGUUAUUAUCAGAAUGCGUUAAAAAAUUCUCUUUAGAAGCCGACAAUAAAAUGUCUCGAGUUUUAAUUUAUUGGGUAGCAAAAAAUAAAUUAGAAAAAAAUGAAAUUGAUUCAUUAUCAUUAGAAGGUUUAAGAUAUCUUUUAGAAAAAACUUUUGAUACUCAAAUUCCGUUUGCAACACCAGAAUUUAAUAUUUGGGAAUAUUCUUUAAUAAAAGCUAUUAGAAAAGUUAUACAAAACGCUCAUUGACAAAAUUUUGGAUAAAAGUUCUUUUUCAACUUGUGAACCACAAGAAGUUGAAGAAAUAAAAAAUCAUUUGGCACCAAUAAUCAGUUAUAUUGACUUAAAUCGAAUGGAUACAAAAGAAAUUAAACAACAUGUUGAACCUUUUGGUAUUUUUUCAGCUAUAGAUAUUAGUAAUGUUUAUUG